UUUUGAGAGAUGUUUUUGAGGAAACGCAAACGAAACACACGGCACCGCUUUCCAUUCUCUCUACCGCGAAAGAAAGAAAAACAACACCAUGCGCAAAACUUUUUCUACUUGUUUGCAAAACGCGCCGCCAGCAGAGCCACUGUACUGGCGAGUCUCGGUCCGACGUGCGGCCAAAGAGACAGGAAUCGGUGGAACGGGUGAUGAUCCUCGAUUGGUGCAAGCGCGACUCAGAUUGCCAAUCUUCGGAACGAGGCAGAGUGUGAUAGCACAGCCCAGUUCUUCUACUACGUGGUGUGCAACGUCAGCAGCAUCGCUACCGGGAAGUAGACAUCGAGGCCCCCUCGAGCACCACGCAGCGUCGUUCUCCACAACAGCCAACAGCGGAGGUGGUCGUGCAAGUUCUUCUACCUCUAAGGAUGAUGAAGACAAACGAAAAACGUCUGAGGACCAAAACAAUGCGAGUGACGGCAAUACCGGGUCGGGCACCUUCCGCGGCCGCUUUUCUUCGGACCCGGAUAAUCCCAAUCAUGAGCAAAGCGGUGGAAGUACGUCUAGCUCCAGUUCCGCCGCUGCGAACAAGAAGUACUCUGGCGAAGUUCCGGAUUCCUUGAAGCAUUUCCCGAGCUUCUGGCACCACCGGCAGAUAAAGCAGUUGGAACAGGAGAUUACGGUGGAAAAGAACAAUCACUCCCCCUCGCCCACUUCCAGCGACCAAAACGUGCCCCACUACCCCGAAGAGAACCUGCCCGACGCCUACAAGCCGCCGCAAGCGCGGACCCCCGGACAGACGCUCUUUCCGGCGGAGAAAGAGGAUAUCGAAAUCCUCUCCGCCUCGAACCGGCUCUACGCCCACCCCCGGUGGUGCGAGAACGCGACGAUCUUGCGGAUUGUGCGGUUAUCGGAUCCGGUGACUUCGCCGGUGUACCGGACAAACAGGAACCUGAACCCCGGGGCCCACGGGACGGCGAAGUACGACCGGUUUGGGUACGGGCUCUUCUUCGCCUGUUGGGCAUUCAGCCUGGGGUUCUGGCAGCUAGAGCGGAUGGAGUACAAGAAAUACCUGGUGGAACUACGGGCGAAGCGCCUCGCGAUGCCCCUGGUCAGGCUGGAAAAGUCGCCGUUUCCCUGGCGGGACGGGAUCGAGGGUAUAAUGUAGAAUAUGUGGAACUUGUUUUCCUUGCGUACUUAUUUCAGUCGCAAUCACAACAAGUUGCAUGCAACAAUCAUACGCAAACUUGUACCUGAUAUCGGCUCUUCAACAAACGCAGGUUGGGAAUACCGCGUAGUCCAGACCCGCGGAGUGUUUGAGCACAAGAAAGAAAUGUGGGUGGGUCCCCGGGCGCAGGGCGAUCCGGCGGGGAACAGCUGUGGCCAGGGGUAUCUGGUGAUUACGCCCUUGGUUCUGGAAGAUGGAUCAACGAUUUUGGUGAACCGCGGCUUCCUCACGACCCAGGUGCUGCGCAACAAGGACCACGAGGUGCCUGGCUUCGUGCAAGUCCGGGGGGUCUUGGAGGAGGGCGAGAUUCCGAACCAGGAGACCAACCUGCUGUACUUGAAAAACGAACCAGGACAGAAAAAAUUCACCUGGCUGAUCGCCGAAGACCUGGCCUACCACAGCUCCGCGGUGAACUACGAGGAAUGUUGCAAGGGGCUCAUAACCGCCUACGAUUGCUACUACGAAGACCGAAAGAAGCACGAGCUGAGGUUCGACAUGCGGCGGAAGGAGGAUUUUCUGUUGUUCAACUUCGAUGAACACACGAAUUUCCAGUACGCAAUCCAGUGGUUCUCCAUCGGCGUAGUGGUUCUCGGAACGUACAUAUCAACUGUAAAAAUGUCUGGGUCUGGAAGAAUGCAAGAUUUGUGAUGCAGGUUUUCCAUGACGCAUGAGGUCUGGAAUGCGAGACCCAGCAUGACAGAUUCUUUGAGGGCUCUAUCAUGCCUUUCCUGCAUGAGAAACUCCCUGUCAACUUGGUCAAAAGCGGACAGCUUUUGGCACUCAUGCUACACAGAUUUUUGCAUCAUUUAGAUUUAGCAUGACAAGUUCUAACCUUCCAGACCCAGACAUUUUUACAUUUGAUAGUACAUCUGCAGGUUGAGAAGCGACUUGCUGUGGAGGUUUUAGGCAGCUCGCGCUGGUGAUUUCCACAAAAAUGCGUAGCCGUAAGAAGUGUAGAAGUAGAAGAUGAAGAGGACAAAUUGAAAUUGCAUAUGCCCUCGAGGUCAUGGCAGUCGCAUGAUUCAGCCC